UUUCGGUUGUUGAACUGAAAUUGCGUCGCUGGAUUAACCAUGGCUACAAACCUCAGGAAGAAUACUCUGGUAUUUGUUUUUGACAAGGAAUCCCGUCCUGUGCAGCCGACAUCCCUGGAAAUUGACUGGAUUACACAGGAGCAACAGACUGAACGGCUGCUGCCCCGUGUUCAACAGAUUAAAAACAACAAGCAACGUCACGGCCGGUUGCAGCACCAGAGAAUAGCCAGUUUAACUACAAGACAGAGGUCUCGGCGGAAUAUUGCGGUCAACUGGAAGCAAACAUCGCCGCCUACAAUAUUAAAGGUGAUAGUUUUGCUAAGAAUUCGAGGAAUGGCAGCAAUCCACCUAAUGAGAAUACUGCUACUGGUUAACUGUUUAAGGAGCCCAAACAGCAAAGAUCUUCAGUUGCCUAUCCACCACCAGAACAGUUGUAGUGUACCCAAACUGCCUGACUAUGGUAAAUUCUGUGUACAAAUGUGAGAGAGUCUUCUUAAUGUUUGCAUAGUGUGUAUAUGUGGCAGAAUAUGGAAACCAGCCUAGUAUUCACCAAGUGGGAUGCAGAAAACAGCCUAAAUACCACAUCCAGACUGGGUAGCACGCUGACUUCUCAUGAUUAAUCUUUGAGGCAGAUUCUAUUUGUGGUUAUCAUCCAUCUCUAUUACAGAAGUGAUCCUCUUAACAUGGACUG